AUGCCUCGCAAGCUGCCCACCACCUUUCCCCAUCCCCCCGCCGCCUCACACAACCCUGCAGCUGUCUGCACUCAUUGUCUACAAGACAGUGAGGGAACACACCAUGCUGGUGCCAUGCAAGACGCAACUUCGGUGGCUUCCCAGGUCGUCGAGACUGCAGACGAGCAUGCCUCAGACACUCUCUCCUCAGAGCCAGUCAUUUUUGACAUGGAAGAUGUGGAGAGUGUCGGCUCCGACACUGAGAGCUCCGGCUCACACAUGUUUGCUACCGCGCUGAGUCCUUCAGCCUUAGCUGACGCCCUGGGCUGGUGGGACCUUGCACCGCCAGCCUCCGGUGGCACUGCCGAUGUGAGCUUCCCGCUUGGCAGUUCCGGCUCUCCCCCGGCGCCGCGCCGACAAGACUCGGUGUCGCCCAAGCCAUGGUCUGGCUCUGCCCCUUCCUCCUCGGACCUAAGCGACGCUGGCUUCACGCUUGUUCCCCGCCCGGCUCCUGCUGCGCUCUCGAACCAGGAGUGCAGUGAUGACGUUGGCUUCGUCGACUCCACACAGGGCGUACAUGCCGUCUGUGGCAUGUUGGACGCACUGCACAUCUCGGCUUCUCUUGCCAAGUCCAAGACCGUAGUCAACAGGCUCGAGUCCAUUGACCGUACAACGAGCAAGGCAGCCUCUCCACCUCCAGAGUCGCACCUCCCAGACUCACCCACCCUGCCACAGAUGUUCUGUGACCUUCCACAAGGUGACGGACAUCUCGCUGUCCCGAGUCUUGGCACUCCGCUUGGGGAGUCUGACGCCGACGCCGACGGUUGCGCCGAGGGUUCCGGUGUCUUGGCUAGACGCAGGCGCCGCCGCCGCGCACCUCGUGCUCCGAAGGCUUCGAUGCGAGCCCCCACCGUCCCGGGUUCCUCGUUGGAGCCCGCCUGUUUGACUCGUGACGAGGGAGCUCCGCGCGUCCUUUCCCGCCGUCGUCCUGCCCCCGAGGACGACAGUGACGAGGCUCUGAACGCCCCUCCCAGGCCUAAGAGGCGCCGCAGGGGACAGGCUGCACACGCUUGGAGAACCAUCCCCCCCCUGCCAUACACUUCCCUUCGGCCUCCUCCUGAGAGUCGGCUGUAA